AUGGAUAUGAAGAUAGGUGACUUGUAUUUCUCAUUCACAAAUCCCUCAUUGUUUAUGCUGCUCACUCUCAGUUUGGUCUUACUGCUGUUUCAUUUUGUUACUAAAAAUGGAGGAGGAAAGUCAGUACCCAAUGCUUGGCAAUCCUUGGUAGAGCUUAUUUAUGAUUUCGUGCCGAACCUGGUAAACGAACAAAUAGCCGGAAAUGUGAAACAAAAGUUUUUCCCUUGCAUCUUGGUCACUUUUACUUUUUCGUUAUUUUGUAAUCCCCAGGGUAUGAUACCUUAUAGCUUCACAGUUACAAGUCAUUUUCUCAUUACUUUGGGUCUCUCAUUUUCUAUUUUUAUUGGCAUUACUAUAGUGGGAUUUCAAAGAAAUGGGCUUCAUUUUUUAAGCUUCUCAUUACCCGCAGGGGUCCCACUGCCGUUAGCACCUUUUUUAGUACUCCUUGAGCUAAUCCCUCAUUGUUUUCGCGCAUUAAGCUCAGGAAUACGUUUAUUUGCUAAUAUGAUGGCCGGUCAUAGUUCAGUAAAGAUUUUAAGUGGGUCCGCUUGGACUAUGCUAUGUAUGAAUGAUCUUUUCUAUUUCAUAGGAGAUCUUGGUCCUUUAUUUAUAGUUCUUGCAUUAACCGGUCCGGAAUUAGGUGUAGCUAUAUCACAAGCUCAUGUUUCUACGAUCUCAAUCUGUAUUUACUUGAAUGAUGCUACAAAUCUCCAUCAAACUGGAUAG